UAAUCCCUACAAAAAAAGAUCGAAAUGGGAAUGAUAUAUCUAUAAUGAUACUCAGUACAAAAUGGCAACAUCAUAUCGGAUGGGAUCUUAUAGUAAAAGGGGAAUUUAUAGUAACACACAAUGGAAAGACUAUUACAAUUCCUCUUUCUACUCGCAAAGAAUCAUGCAAUACAUUUAAUACAGAAAAAUUACAGCCUAACGGCUUGUUCCGAAAUAAAAAAAAAUGUGUAAAUUGUGAAAAAUAUGAUGAACUCGAAAAGCGACUCAUAAAAACUGAAGAGUGGCUUGGUAUGACUUUAAACGCAGAAGUAGAGCUUCGAAUCUUUGGUUGUGUUAGCUCUAUUGUUUCAUUAUUAACCUUUUUUGAUGAUAUCGAUCCUAUAUUAAUUGGUUGUAAGUUAAGAAGAGGUAGAAAG